AUUGGAUGGAUUGAGCGGCUCGGUUUGAAAAUAUUUUCGGUAUGGAUACAGACGGGCCUCUGAAGACUCUUUUUGAUAACAUAAAUAAGAAGAAAACGGAGAAGACAAAGAAAGCAAUGGAUUAUGAAAAUACAGACAUCAUGCAUUUGCCAGCAGCCGCUGGUGAAGGUAGUAAAGCUGAAAAGAAGAGACUGUCAAUUGAGAGGAUCUAUCAGAAGAAAUCACAAAUAGAGCACAUUCUUCUCCGUCCAGAUACAUACAUUGGUUCUGUGGAAUCAGUCACUCAGGCAAUGUGGGUGUACGACUCUGAUUUGGAACAAAUGGUUUUGCGAGACAUCACUUUUGUUCCAGGAUUGUACAAAAUAUUUGACGAAAUUCUUGUAAAUGCAGCUGACAACAAGCAAAGGGACCCUAGCAUGAGUACAAUUAAAAUUGAGAUUGAUCCAGAGAACAAUAAAAUUAAAGUUUGGAACAAUGGAAGGGGAAUCCCUGUUAUAGAGCACAAAACAGAGAAGAUGUAUGUUCCAACUAUGAUAUUUGGACACCUUCUAACAUCCAGCAAUUAUGAUGACACUCAGAAGAAAGUUACAGGUGGGAGAAAUGGGUAUGGUGCCAAGUUGUGCAACAUUUUCAGUACAAAGUUUAUUGUGGAAACAUCAUGCAAGGAAUAUCACAAAGCUUUCAAACAAACAUGGAUAAACAACAUGGGAAAGACAAAGGAACCUACAAUUACAGAUUCCAAGAACGAGGACUUUACAAGUAUUACCUUUUUCCCUGACUUGGAGAAGUUCAAAAUGACAAGCCUAACAAAGGACACCGUGGACCUGUUCACAAGAAGAGCAUAUGACAUUGCUGCUGCUGCCAGAGGAGUGAAAGUCUUCCUCAAUGGCAAAAAACUUCCUGUGAAAAAUUUCAAGGACUAUAUUCAUCUCUAUCUGAAAGACAAAACUGAUGACAAUGGACAGCCCUUACCUGUCAUUCAUGAGGCUUCCAAUGAACGAUGGGAGGUUGCCGUAACCUUAAGCGAGAAAGGAUUCCAGCAAGUCAGCUUUGUCAAUAGCAUUGCCACCACGAAGGGAGGACGACAUGUUGAUAAUGUUACAGACCAAGUGGUUCAUAAACUUAUAGAGGUUGUAAAGAAAAAGAAUAAAGGAGGCAUUGCCAUCAAACCUUUUCAAGUGAAAAACCAUCUGUGGAUAUUUGUGAAUUGCUUGAUUGAAAACCCAACAUUUGACUCGCAGACUAAAGAGACUAUGACUCUCCAGGCUAAACAAUUUGGAUCAAAGUGUGCUCUUUCAGAGAAAUUCAUAAAUCAGGUCAGCAAAUGUGGAAUUGUUGACAACAUAUUGAGUUGGAUGAAGUUCAAGGCACAAACCCAGCUGAAUAAGAAGCUGACAUCAAGUAAGACUUCGAAGAUGAAGGGAAUUCCCAAACUAGAUGAUGCCAAUGAUGCAGGUACAAGGAACUCAAGAGACUGUACUCUGAUCCUCACUGAGGGAGAUUCAGCCAAAUCUUUGGCUGUAGCUGGAUUGGGUGUUGUGGGAAGGGACAAAUAUGGUGUAUUCCCCCUGAAGGGAAAAGUACUCAAUGUACGAGAAGCCACUCACAAACAGAUCAUGGACAAUGCUGAGAUCAACAAUAUCAUAAAAAUCAUGGGACUACAAUUCAAGGAGAAGUAUAAUGACUCUGAUUCCCUAAAGAACCUGAGGUAUGGCAAGCUGAUGAUCAUGACAGAUCAGGACCAAGACGGCUCUCACAUCAAGGGACUUCUCAUCAACUUCAUGCACCACUUCUGGCCCAACCUGCUCAAGUACAAUGUCAUUGAAGAGUUCAUCACACCUAUUGUCAAGGUCACAAAAGGAAAAACAGAGAUGUCUUUUUAUAGUUUGCCUGAGUUUGAGGAGUGGAAAAGAGAAACUGAAAACUGGCACACCUACCGUGUGAAAUACUACAAAGGUUUGGGUACCAGCACAUCAAAAGAGGCCAAGGAAUACUUCUGUGAUAUGGAACGUCAUAAGAUCCCAUUCAAAUACACCGGAGUAGAGGAUGAUGCCGCCAUCAAUCUGGCUUUCAGCAAAAAGAAGAUUGAGGAAAGGAAAGAAUGGCUCACAAGCUGGAUGGAAGACAGAAAACGUAGAUCAGAGAUGGGUUUGCCAGAGAACUUUUUGUAUGGAAAAGGUACGAAGUCCAUUACAUACAAUGACUUCAUCAAUCGGGAGUUGAUUCUGUACUCCAACAUGGACAAUACCCGUUCUAUUCCUUCCAUGGUGGAUGGGCUUAAACCAGGUCAACGAAAGGUCAUCUUUACCUGCUUGAAAAGAAAUCUAUCCAAAGAAAUCAAAGUUGCUCAGCUGGCUGGGUCUGUGGCAGAAAUGUCUGCUUACCAUCAUGGUGAGGCAUCUUUGAUGAACACCAUCAUCAAUUUGGCCCAGAACUUUGUUGGUUCCAACAAUUUGAACAUCUUGCAGCCCAUUGGACAGUUUGGGACCAGGCUGCAUGGUGGUAAAGAUGCUGCCAGUCCCCGUUAUAUCUUCACAUCACUGAGCCCAGUAGCACGCAUGUUGUUCAAUGUGCAUGACGAUCCUUUGCUGAAGAGCAACUUUGAUGACAACUUGAAGAUUGAGCCAGAAUGGUACUGCCCAAUUAUCCCCAUGGUGUUGGUGAAUGGUGCAGAAGGAAUCGGAACAGGAUGGAGCACCAAGCUUCCUAACUUUGAUGUCAGAGAAAUUAUUGCUAACCUCAAAAGAAUGUUGGAGGGCGAAGACCCUUUACCAAUGGUUCCUAGUUAUAAGAAUUUCAAGGGAACCAUUGAGGAGCUGAGUGAGAGUCGGUUUGUUGCCAGUGGAGAGGUGGCCAUCAUUGAUGAUCAGACAAUAGAAAUCACUGAGCUACCAAUCAGAACAUGGACACAGGCCUACAAGGAGGAUGUUCUGGAACUCAUGUUAUACGGCACAGAAAAAACUCCUGCCAUGAUCACGGAUUUCAAGGAGUAUCACACAGACUCCACAGUCAAGUUUGUGGUGAAGAUGACUCCAGAAAAAAUGGCAGCUGCAGAGGAACAGGGAUUACAUAAAGUGUUCAAGUUACAGUCCAACAUCUCCACAAACACUAUGGUAUUGUUUGACCACAAUGGGUGUAUCAAGAGGUAUGAGCGCAUCACUGAGAUUUUGAAAGAGUUUUUUGAUGUCCGUCUGAAUCUAUACCAGAAACGUAAGGAUUACCUGGAGGGAUUGCUGUCAGCAGAGGCCAGCCGGUUGGAGAAUAUUGCUCGAUUUAUUAUGGAAAAAAUUGAUGGCCUCAUAACCAUUGAAAACAAGCCAAAGAAAGAGCUUAUUCAAAUGUUGGUUAGAAGAGGUUAUGACUCCGAUCCUUUGAAGAGGUGGAAAGAACUUCAGGCUAAAGACAAGGAGGAGGUUGAUGAUGAGGAAGACGGGGAUGACGAGAGCACAGCGUCUGGGUCAUCAGGUGGACCAGACUUUAAUUACAUUCUCAACAACCCUCUGUGGUGCCUAUCUAAGGAAAAGAAAGAGGCUCUACUGAAACAGAGAGAUGAGAAGAAAUCAGAAUUGGAAUCUUUGAAGAAGAAAACUAAAGAGGACUUGUGGAUGGAUAAUUUGGAAGAAUUUAUGAAAGCUCUGAUGGAGCUAGAACAAAAAGAAAAAGAGGAGGAAAUGCAGGCACUGAACAAGCCUGUGAAAAUCAAGGGGAAGGGAGUGAAAUCUCGCAAAGUGGUAGAGCAAAUGAGCAAACCGUCCCCUAUGGGUCAGCGAGUUGUGCCGAAAAUUGACACUGCCAUGAAGAACAAGGCUGAUGCUGCUGCAAACAAACUUCUAAAGGCCAAAGCUAAGAAAGAAGCAAAAAAUUUGAUGGAUUGUUUUGACAAGGAGGAGGAAGACGACGUUGAACAAACAAGCUUAGCAGAACGUCUGGAGAAAAAGACGGGCAUCAAAUCGCCUACAGCUAAAGAAAACGGUGGUGUUAAGUCCGAGGAUGCUGAAAAACCAGCAAAAAAGAAACAGGUUCGCAAGCCAAAGGAUACCUCUGGUAGCCCAAAAAAGAAGGGAAAGAAAGGCAAAAAGAAGAAUCCUUGGUCUGAUUCUGAGGAGUCGGAAAGUGACAAGUCUGACUCGGAUAUGGAUGGCAGCUUCAUGGAAAAUCUCAAGCUAAAGAUCGAGAGACCAAAGCGAGAAACAAAAACCAAGCCCACCAAGUACAGUUUUGAUUCAGAUGAAGGUUCCAUCAAGUCUGACAGUGAUGAGGAGUUUGUAGCUGUCAAUAAUGAGGAAGAUGAUCCAAGAAUGAUAACCUCAGAGGAUGAGGACCCUGUGUCUAAAAAAUCAAAACAUAUCAUAGAGGAUGAGGAUGAUUCGCCUGUCAAGAAGCCCAAGCGCACUAAAGCAACCAAAAAAGCUCCUGUGGAGUUUUUAAUUUCCUCUGAUGAAGAAGAGGAAGUGUCCCAAAAGUCAGAUGAUCUAACAUGGAAACCUGCCACUACACAAGAUUUCACUCCAACAACAGUUGAUGAUGAUGAUGAUGAUGAUAAUAAUGAUCAGGCCAAAGAUAUCUUCAAAAGUAUUUCUCAGCCAAAAGCAGCUACUAAAAAAACAGCAGCAAAGAAGAAGCCUGCCACUAAGAAAGUGGACCCCAAACAGCCAUCUAUAGCCCAGGCGUUUAAGUCUAAUGAUGUGCCUAAACCUAAGCAGCGUAAGCUGCUGACUACCAAGAAGCCUGUUCUAACAAUCUCUGAUGAUGAGGAGAACAGUGACAUCAUGUCAGAAAAACCACCAAAAGAAUCUAAACCCAAGAAGGCAGCUAAACCGAAGAAAAAGUAUACAGAUGAAUCUGACAGUGAAGACAAACCAAAAAAGGCAUCCAAGAAAAGACCUGCCAAGAACUUCUCCGACAGUGAUCUCUCAGAGGGAGAAUUUUUACCCAAGAAAAUGACAGCUGGAAAAAAGAAGAAGAUGUUGGAGAGUGAUGAUGAAUUUGAAAUAGAAGAAGGCCUAGAUGUUGCCCCUCGUGCCAGACCAGGAGGUCGAUCUAAAGCCACUGUGAAGUACAACUUUGGAGAUUCAUCAGAAGACAGUGACUUCUAAGGGAAAGGAUCUACUUCCCUUGGGGAAUUUUAAAUUUUUAUAAGACUGAGCAAAGCGAAUUUUUAUUGUUUUAAAUUUACAUGUUUGACAUUAUGUUUCCCUUUUUCAGACAUUGUAUGCACAAGCAUCAUUGGCAAGUUUACCUGUUUUGGUAUAGAACUUACUAAAAAUUUAUAGUUAUAUAAAUUGAUAUCUAGAACUGUAGCCAUGGGUAUCUGCCUCUGUUUACUGAUGAAUUUAACAGAAAAUGGAAGUUUAAGAUCCAAUGACUUUCCUUGUGAAAAUAUUGCGAUUUGCAAGAUGCAUGUAUGAUAUUGAUUAUGUGUGUUUUGUAAACUUUUGGGUAUCUUCCUUUUUUAGUGGAGAAAAAGCAACUUGUCUGUAAAGUAGCACUCUCCAAUCCCUUUGGUAAACUAUACCAUGAUUUAUUGUUUAAGUAUUGAACAAUUUUGUGUGUGUGUGUCUGAAUUUAGACAAUAUUAUUCUUUCCAUCGGACCAUCAAAUAUCAGUUAAAUUAUUUGUGGCAGCUGUGUUUGGUAUAUGCUGUGAAUAUCUGAAAGAAAUGUGCAUGUAUUAGUGAAUAGUAUGAAGAAAAGUUUGAUGCAACUCUCAGUACUCUGUAGAAGAAAAUUCCCAAUGUAUAGAACCAUUUUCCACUCGAUUAACGUAACUUGCCACUGAGCUUAAUUUUUAGUGAACAACUAUUUAUUGAAUGGACAGGGAGCAAGAUAGAGCGAGAGCUAUGUUAUAUUCUUAGUCAUAUUCAUCAUGUAAAUCUUCAUGUCAUCGUCAUUCUUUGCAUGUUUUUUGCAAUCAUUGUUGUUCUUCUGUAUCUUACCUCUCCUUACUUCAUACCUUUCAUCACAUGGUAUUGUAGAAUCAAUAUAAGCUGUCAACUCAU